AUGGGUGCGAAGAUGUCAGGGAAAUGUGUUUUACUGAUACAGUUGGCAGUGAUUUGUGUGGUGUAUGUGUUGGCCAGGGAUGCGAGUGGACAGGUGUGGGCACAGGAGACGGCCACUCCUAUAGUGUUUUAUCACGGGAUGGGAGACACAGCACACGGAAGCAUAUAUUCGCUGCAGAAGUACUUGGAGUCCAAACUGACCGGUGUUUACGUGAUGUCCAUCCGGAUGGGCAACAAUACGGAGGAGGACCUCAUGAGUGGCUUCUUCAUGAACCUCAACGAUCAGGUCGAGGAAGCCUGUCGUCAACUGAGUGCCGAUACACGACUGGCCAAUGGAUUCAAUGCGUUGGGAUUCUCACAGGGCGCACAGAUAUUGCGGGCCAUCGCUCAGAGGUGUCCUGACGUUCAUAUUAUCAAUUUGAUUAGCUUUGGUGGACAGCAUCAGGGAGUGUAUGGUUUGCCCCGAUGUCCACAAUCGAUGAGACUCACGCUAAACCACGCUUUUGACGAGUUAAUACCGCGAAUACUCUACUGGCACGACCCCCUCCAAGAAGCACUCUAUACCCAAAAGAGUGUAUUUCUUGCGGACAUUAACAAUGAGAGGAAUCCCCGAAAAGGCGAAUACAAGGAAAGGCUUGUGAAGCUCAAGAACUUUGUUUUAGUGAAAUAUCUGAACGACUCGAUGGUUGAGCCGAGAGAGUCAUCGCUGUUUGGCUUCUAUAUCGCAGGUCAGGCGCAAGAGAUUCGCAAAAUGAGAGACACAUCACUCUAUACGGAGGACUGGAUUGGACUUAAAGAACUGGACACAAGUGGAAGACUACAUGAAUAUGAAGUGAUUGGAGAUCACCUCCAGAUUGACAUGAAAUGGUUUGAUGAGGAGAUAAUUGCUAAAUAUCUUAAAUAA